UGCAUGUGUGUAGAGCUCUGUAGCCACAUCGCUGUAUAUCCAUAGAGCUGUAGAUCCAUACAGGCACCCCUCUAGAUCAGCAUAAAGUAACCCCCUGCCUUCGAACAGUUCGCACAGGAGUGGAAAUUAAACACCAGCUGGCACCGAUCGUAAAGGCUUCGGUGGGAGCGGGGCCAGGCUGCAGCGUGCAGCAGGGACCUCUCCGAGAUGUCAGGUAUUAGUCCGAAGGGGCAGAUCUGCGAGCCACACGGCAGCUCUCGGGUCCACGGUACAUUAGGCUCUCCGUGGGAGAGGGAUCCCAGACAGCUCUGCUGGGGAGCCAGCCCAGGAGAUUUGUUAGCGGGCUGCUCCGGGGGAUACCAGCCACCUCCGGCACCCGAGCGCCAAAGGUGCUUGUGGUGUUGCUGCUGCUGCUGCUGUUGCUGCUGGCGCAUUUCAUCCAAACUCCAGCCAGAGCGGGGGCAAGUUGAACCGGAGACAUUAGAGCCACUGUGCUUUGGAGAGACGAGGGCGCACGGGGAGCUAAGCAGCACCAUGCCUGCUAUCAAGAAGGAGCGACUUGACAGGGAAGAGAUGGCCCUGGCAGCUUUUAACCAGCCCAUGGAAACCUUACCUGACUAUCUCGCCCCUCUGGCCGCCGCUGCCAUUCCGGUGGUAACCCCGCACCCUCCGGCUUACGACCAGAUCUUUGCCCACCGCGCUUACCUGGGCUUCCACGAGACCCACCACCCCCACCCCCACCAUCCCCACCACCCCCACCACCUCCCCGAGGACCUGAUGCUGGAGAGGUUUUCCUCCAUCCCGGAUUUUCAGCCCUUCUUUGACAACGGAGAGCCUUGCAUCGAGGUGGAGUGCGGAGAGAACAAGGCGCUGCUCUACAUCAAUAAGUUGUGCCAGGGGAGCAAAGGACCCUCUAUCCGGUACCGGGGAGAGUGGCUCACCCCCAACGAGUUCCAGUUUGUCAGCGGCAGGGAGACGGCCAAGGACUGGAAGCGCAGCAUCAGGCACAAAGGGAAAAGUUUGAAGACUCUUAUGUCCAAAGGAAUCUUACAGGUACAUCCUCCAAUCUGUGAUUGCCCUGGGUGUCGAAUUUCGUCUCCAGUGAACCGAGGUCGCCUGGCGGAGAAGAGGACAAUCCCCUUACCUCCAACCAGGAUCCCAAAGAAAGAGCUGACCUCCCUUUUCUCACAUAGUGAUGACAGCGAAGAGAGUGAUAAGAGCAGUGGUCAGCACCCUGAAGUGAAGCAGGAGGAGGAUCUCCACAUCAGUAUCAUGAAAAGAAGGAUACACACCCACUGGGAUUUAAACAUCUCCUUCCGAGAGACCUCUUGCAGCCGUGAUAACGACCUCUCCACUAUCAUCUCCAACCUGCAUCAGAGCCACCAGCUCGUUAUGCCAGAGACCCAGAGCCGCUGCGAGUUCAAGAGAAGCAGCAUCGACCUUGGCUUGGGAGCAGCAGGACUGGGAACUGUCUGCUUCAGAGGACUGAUGCCAAGUUCUCAGAGGUUUCUUAUCACUCUGGGGCAGAAGGAACAAACUGGAACACAGGAAUUCCCAGCUCAACCUGAGGAGAGACCUCUUUAUGAUGAAAUUUUAGGCAAGAGAAGAGUAUGUUCUCCCAACAGCAGCAGUGAGUGUCCUUUAGAAAGCAAGAAAGCCAGAAGUGAGUCCCCAAAGGAGAACUCCCACACACCUCUGCUGGAGGACUCAGUGACUCAGAUGACCCCCGAGGAGCACUACAGACGCAUGAUGUCCGCGCUGAACGAGCAUGGCACCUUCGAAGAGCAGCAGCAGCAGCGUCUCUACCAGCUGGCCAACAGCAUGGCAGUGCCCAGCCAUGGAGAUCUCCUCCGGGCACGACAGGAGGUGGCGGCGGCGGCGGCAGCGCGGAACCCCGGCGCGAUGGAGGCGCACAUCCCCUCGGCCAGCAACUCUUCCAGCCAGCGGAGGAAGCAGGGCCUCCCCCAGCACAGGGACACCCACUUCCCCGAGAGGGAGAUCUCCCACCCACCGCCUCUGCUUUCACCCCAGAAUGCACCCCACAUUGCCCUGGGGCCCCACUUGAGACCUCCUUUCCUUGGGGUGCCUUCAGCUCUGUGCCAGACACCAGGUUAUGGGUUCCUGCAGCCGGCACAGGCGGAGAUGUUUGCACGGCAGCAAGAGAUGCUCCGGAAGCAGAACCUGGCAAGGCUGGAGAUGUCAGCCGAGAUCAUCCGCCAGAAGGAGCUGGAGAACCUGCACAGGCAAAGGCUACUGGCCGGUGACCCUCUGAGCCUGCAUCCCGGCUUGCCCCCGGACCACCCGGCCCUGCGCAACGUCCACGACAUCCCCGAGGGCCACCCGCUGCGGGAGGAGCUGUCCCGGCGCAACGCCAUGCUGGUGCUGCGCCACAACAACACUCCGCUGCUGUCCCUCAACCCCGGCGCCCCCAGCAGCGCCACCCCGCCCAAGGAGCAGCCCCGGCGGGGCAGCAGGAAAGCCUCCCAGCCGCGCUCCGAGCCGCAGGGGCUGAGCGAGGCCAAGGAGCUGGCGGAGCCGCGGGCGCGGGACGGGGCCCCGGACGGCAACGACGAGGAGAUGAAGGACUCGGAGAGCGACGCCGACGUGAGCGACGAGAAGCCCGAGAGCCUGAAGGCUGAGAGCAGCAGCUCCGCGGCCGAGCUGAAGGAGUGCAAAGAGACAGGCAAAGGCUGCGAGGGGGCCAAGGAGCUGGGGGGGGAAGCAGCUGCUGGCCAGAACGCCCCCUGCAGCUCCUCCAGCGCAGAGUCCCCCAGCCACUUGCUGGGCCCGGGCAUCACCAAAGGCGAGGUGAAGUACCUCCCGCCGGCCUCCAUCCCACCGCCGCAGCCGCUGCCCUUCGGCUUCCCCUACACCAUGAGCCCCUACUUCCAUGCAGGCACCAUGGGAGGUCUCUUUCUGGACGGCGAGGACAGCCCCGCGCUGGAAGACAUCAGCAAAUGGACGGUGGAGGAUGUGUGCAGCUUCGUGUCCAGCCUGUCUGGCUGCACCGAGUACACUCAGGUAUUCCGAGAGCAGGCCAUUGAUGGGGAGACUCUGCCCCUCCUGACAGAAGAGCACUUACUGAACAACAUGGGGCUGAAGCUUGGACCUGCACUGAAGAUAAGGUCACAGGUGGCCAAGAGAGUGGGCAGAGUGCUGUACAUGGCAGGCUUCCCCAUGGCUUUCCCCCUGCAGCCUCCUGGCUUGCGGCCCCCGGAGCGGGACCUGGCGCCGGCCGAGCUGCGGCCAUCCUCCACGGGCAGCGUGGCCUCUCCCUUCAGCAGCCUGCCCUCUGCCAGCCGUGUCUCACCAAAGCAGGAGAACGGGAACCCCUCCCUCCUCCCUGGCAUCAACGACACCACCAAACCUCCCUCCUAACUGCGGGGCAGCUCCUGGAGCUGAGAUUCACUUGGGACGAGCCGGAGGCGGUAGAGCGUUUUUGAGAGCCCAGGAGAGCCUCCCUCGGCGCCGCCAGAGGCAGGGAGCCAGGCAGGGGGGCUCGAGUACUUUCUGUUGUUGUUGUUUUGGGAUGCAUUUGCUUUCUGUUUCAAACAAUAAACCCCAAGCAGAGAAGUUGUAAAGACCUGUAGGAAGGGAAGAAAACGAUCCAAAGAUGUACUGAGACAACGUGAGUGAAGAGAAAACGGUUCUGGGGGAUGGCAGCAGCCUUCCCGGGCCCUUUCACACCUCUUCUUGCUCAGCAGCCUGGGAUGGAGAGCCAUGGACAGGGAAUGAAUGGCUUGCAGGAACUUCUGGGUGUGAUUCCAAGCAGGAAUUGAGAGGGGGAAGGAUCACUGCACCUCCCUCCCAAUGGUACUCAGCACCCCUGAGCAAAACCAACCCAUCGCGAGAGAGAAAGAAACCCAAGCACCACCUGCUCAAACAGUUCCUCCUCCCUGGAAACUGUCCUCAGUUCCUCAUUCAGGUGUCUAUGCAUCUCUAGCAACUUUGAAAACAAUACCAAAGACAGACAAAAAUAAUAAUAUUAAUAAUAAUACUAAUAAAAAAGAACUAAAAAGGAAAGAGAAGGAGAAGAAGAAGAAGAAGCAAAACCAAGGCAAGUUCCGGUCCAUGUUUACUUGGGUGUGGAUGGUACAGCACUGGUGGCUUGCUGCUGUCCCACAGGCCCAGGGCCACCCUGGCCCUUCAGCACACACAAGAGAAUGGACUCUGCCUCCUGAGGUUGGAUUGUUGUGGUUGUUUUGGGUCAAUGAUGAUUUUCUUUUAUCAUGAGCUGUUUGGUUUGGUUUGUCAAGAGAAGACGACAAAAGAGUUUGUGUGCUUCGGUUGGGCCAGAGGGGCUCAGAGCCUCCCCUCCCUCCUGCACCUCUACAAGACUCAGUUCUUACAUCUGGGGCUGGGGAUUAUCUUUUGCUUGAUUUGUUUGGUUGGUGAAAGGUUGGGUUGGGGUUGAUUUGGUUUUGAGUUCUUUUUCAAGCCCUGUUCCAGAGGUGGAUGGAGUUGCACAUUCUGGCCUGCUGUGGACCAUGAGGCAGAGGAGCUGUGUGCAUGGAGGAGGAGGAGGAGGAGGAGGAGGAGGGAGAGGGAUGCUGGGGGGGGGUGUGGGGAAACAAACAAUGGGGAGAGGUUUUUUUUUUACUACUGUGAAAGAUGGAACCUCCUAGGGGUGAGCUCCUGGGACUUGUACAGUUGUGAACAACAAUCACAUGUGGUACUUU